AUUUAUAACUAUCUUGAGACCAAUUCCUACAGAGCAACAAGUGACCUGCCGCCGCAGGUGGCAUAGUAACGUUUUAGAAGUGUGUUGCACGACCAUUAUUAUUUUAUUUUUUAAAGAAAGAUAAUCUCCCUCUAUCUUUCUUUCUUCCCGAUUCCCUGUAAUUCAUCUUCUGGUCUUAAAAUUCUCUUAUUUGAUCACUCAGGCACCAAAAUUCCUUCCGUCGAUCUAGAAUCAGAAUCGUUGUGUAUGGAUUGUGUUGACGAGAGUAAAUUAUCAUGGUGCAGUGCCUAGACGGAUACAAGCAUUUGUGUGCUCUUGUUUUCAAUUGUUUCAAUUUGGAUUUGUAUAAGCAACCUGAACCUGAAGAUCCUGAAAUUCUUGCAAGCGAAACUGUCUUUAGUGUAAACGAAAUAGAAGCGCUCUACGAGCUAUUCAAGAAGAUUAGUAGUGCUGUUAUUGACGACGGACUGAUCAACAAGGAAAAGUUUCAAUUAGCUCUGUUUAAAACAAACAAGAAGGAAAGCUUAUUUGCGGACCGGGUUUUUGACUUGUUUGACACAAAGCACAAUGGGAUAUUAGGUUUUGAAGAGUUUGCUCGUGCUCUUUCCGUCUUUCACCCCGAUGCUCCUAUUGAUGAUAAGAUUGGGUUUUCAUUUCAGCUAUAUGAUCUCAAGCAGCAAGGAUUUAUCGAGAGACAAGAGGUGAAGCAAAUGGUAGUUGCCACACUUGCUGAAUCAGGAAUGAAUCUUUCAGAUGAAGUGAUCGAAAGUAUCAUCGACAAGACAUUUGAGGAAGCCGAUACCAAACAUGAUGGGAAGAUAGAUAAAGAGGAGUGGCGAAACCUUGUUUUACGACAUCCUUCUCUGUUGAAGAAUAUGACCCUUCAAUAUCUCAGGGACAUCACAACUACAUUCCCUAGCUUCGUGUUUCAUUCUCGAGUUAAGGAUACUUGAGAUAGUGUCAGAGAUUAUUUGUCAAGUGUGCUUGUUUCUUUCUGUAUGAUUCCGUUACUAGCUUCAGGGAAAUGAUAAGAAGUGGGCUCAUAGUGUGUCUAUAAUGCUGUUUUAUCUCCUAUAGUUUGUGUCAGAUCAAAGGGAGGGAUUAGAUUUGAGAGUUCUCAACGAGAGUCUGACCAUUCAUGUGACAUGUAUGAGACGUAUAAAAGCAAUGUUGUUGUUCUAUCUUUAUCUUGCGUGGGGUGGUUAAUGCUGAAAACAAAGAACAAAAUAAGAUGCUCCUCUUCGUAUA